UUUGAUCAUAUGGAAGAUGAAGAUGAUGACGAGGCACCUGUUGAAGGUCAUCCUACUACCAGUACAAUACUCGAAACCACCUACACCGAAGACGGCGUUGAGAAGCCAAGAGUGCGUUUGAAAAUUAAUCUUGGAGGUGUACCCUUGGCGGACAUCAGCAAAAAGGGCAGGGGAAAAGUUUUACGGAAACCUACAGGUAACUCUGUAGCUAGAAAAAGAGGGCGACCACCCAAAAGAACCGACGAGAAUGAAAUAUUGCCAAUGAUGGAUGACGAUGACGUGGAUGGUGUGUAUGCUACAUCAUCUCUUAGCGGGGCGGUGACCUACACCCAGGAAGAUGCUAUCGACCCCGAAGAAGUAGAAGAUGGAGAGGACGUACAUGUAGAAGGAGGACCACAUGCUUGCAAAUUUUGCAAAUUUGCUACCACAUCGGCAGAGGAAGUAGAAAAACAUCGCGCACGCCAGCACAACCGAAAUACUGGGUACAUGUGUCAACUUUGUGAUUUUGAGUGCAUCUGGAGCAAAGCCUUCUACGAGCACUGCAAGGAGCACUGGGCUCAACCGCCGUAUACCUGUGAUCAGUGUCCGUUUGAAUCCAAAGAGAGUCUUCAGGAGCUCCUUGCACACCGCUUAUCACACACGUCUGAAAGAUUCUUCAAAUGUCUCGAAUGUGGAUUUCGAGCGAGAUCACGCACCCAACUAUGGGCUCAUGAACAUAUGCAUAGCAGCUUAGAUGAGCGACCCCUGCAUUGUGAAGAGUGUGGUCGUGGAUUUAAUACUCAUACUGCUCUAGAGAUGCACUUCUCGACCCAUGAUGAGCCGAGGUAUGCUUAG